AUGAGAUUAAUUCAUUCUUCCCUUUUGUUCUUUGCUUGUUUUGGUAGUGCACUUUCAGUCGGUGUACUUCCAAUUCCUAAUGAACAUGCAUCUAAUAUUAAAGCAAAAUUUGAUGAUUAUGCGGAGCAUUACCUGCUACCAGAAGACUUUCACAAUGCAGAAACUGCUCCUGUUAAAAAACCAACUGAUGCAGAAAUUGAAUCAAUGCAAAACUCUCUUCUUUUCGAAGGAGAUAUUAUGGGAGUUCCAGAAAUUGAAAAGACUGACAUUUUGAAGAGACUCAGAGAUGAUCCACUCAUUGAUGACGAUGAAAUUUUCACAAAACCAUUUCACAGUGCUUUGAACUUGGUAACCUAUCCAGAUAAGCUGUGGCCAGAAGGACAAGUUCCGUACAUGUUGGAAGAAGGAAUGACUAAUGACCAAAGAACAGCAAUUGCUCAGGCUUUUGAUGAGUACAAAACCAAGACAUGCGUCAGAUUCGUUCCAAAAACUGACGAUGACUUUGAUUAUAUCUAUGUGAAGAGAAAUGUCGCAUUCGGAUGUUCUUCGUAUGUUGGCAGAGCUGGUGGAAAUCAAACAGUGUCGUUGGAAGUUGAUAAAUGCUUUUCUAAGGGAAUUAUUGCUCAUGAACUGAUGCAUGCCCUUGGAUUCUUCCACGAGCACUCACGAACCGAUCGAGACGAUUUCGUAGAUAUAAACGAGGAUAAUAUCCGCCCGGGAAUGAUGCGCAAUUUCGAAAAGUAUCCACGAAAAAUCAUCGACUCGCUUGGAAUGCCAUACGACUAUGAAUCAGUAAUGCACUACCAUAAAUUGGCAUUCUCUCGAAACGGAAAACCAACAAUUGUUCCAAAAGAUAAUGAAGCAGAUGUUGGACAAAGAUACAAACUUUCUGAGAUGGAUUCGAAGAAAGUCAAUAAACUUUAUCAGUGUGGAGAGUAUUCGAAAACUUCCUAUACAACAACAACAACCACGACUACAACUACAACUACAACUACAACUACUGAAGAGCCGACCACAACUACUGUUGAAGAGGUAGAGGAGAAGUCGAAGGAAAAGGAGACGUCAAGUACUACAACGACUACUAAAAAACCAACGACAACUGUAGCCACAACAACUUCUACAACACCAAAACCAGUAGAGAGAUCCAGAAAUAAAAAAUGCGAGGAUUUGAACGCUCAUUGUGGAAUGUGGGAACAGUUAGGUCAUUGUCAACACUCUGUCAAAUAUAUGGCUCACUACUGUAGAAAAGCUUGUGGUCUAUGCGAAAUUGAGGUUACGACUACAACAGCCAAACCACUUCCACGUAACAAAGAGAAAGAAAACAAGUCAUCUACGUCUUCUUCUAUCUUUUCAUCAACUCCACGUACCACUAUCACCACAACAACACAACCAAAAGAAAAGUGUGAGGAUAAGAAUCUGUUCUGCAGUUACUGGGCCAAAAUUGGAGAAUGUAACAGUGAGAGCAAAUUCAUGAAGAUUUUCUGUAAGGCAUCGUGUGGUAAAUGCUGA